AUGUCACGAAGAUGGGCUGGCAGUACUCCAGUCAAGUUCGGUCGGCGAGCUAGGCAUGAGGCUACAGCAGAUCUCCCUCCACCAGGUUUUGAGUGCAUGGCCGAUGCUCAAAAGUCGUUCGCAUACGAAGCUGGCUGGGGCAGAGCAGCGGAAGAGAGAUCGAGGUCGACAUCAAGGAUUGCCCUCUGGUACCCAGGCGUUGGCUGGAGAUACGGCGACAUCCAAGCAUGGCGCGAGUUCCCCUCUGCCGAAGAUCCCCUGACAUGGUAUAGCAAUCCAGCCGUCGCGUCUGGCGAACCAAAGCCAUACUUCAAGUCUGCGCUGUGCCGACUUGCAGCAGAACUCCGCACCGAAAUCUAG